AUGGCAAUCAUUCGCCAAGCGUUUGAAAUUCAACUGAAAUAUAAAAAUAUCGAAACUUCGAAAGCUGUAGUUCUUGAAACAAAUCUACCAACAAAUGAUAUUAUUAUUGAAAUUUCUUCCUUAAUUGUUGUUCAGUUGAAGCCUCAUCAAAUUGAUGAUGUUAAAUAUUUAUGGAAUCAAGUAUUUAAAUCAACAAGUCAAAUAAGAGCUAGUAUUGAUAAUGAAUCUCAAUUUGGUCAAAGUGGUUUGGGUGCUAUUUUAGCUCAUUGUAUGGGAUUAGGCAAGACUAAAAAUCCAAGAAGUGCAAUCACUUAUAUAUUGAAUAAAGUUCGAACACAUCGUUGUAUUGCGUUAACAGGCACACCAAUGCGAAAUAAUUUGAAAGAAUAUUUUGCUAUGGUUAAUUUUUGUAAAGCACAUUUUCUUGGUCAGUUUAAUUAUUUUGUCGAAUUAAAUCAAAAUUAA